CUUUGGGAAGAGUGACGGCAGGGCUCAAAACUUUCACAUACCGGCGGUUGUUUAAUUCCCCCGUCUUCAUUCAGUGCGGAGAUUUGGGAUAGCCACAAGUUAAAUGGACGCAUGCGGAUCACGUUUAUGUGUGUGAGUGUGUGACAAACGACUUUUCGGCCCGGGGAAGAAAAACGAAGAAUUAACGUUCUGCUCGUUUUGAACGCGUCUGUUGUGUUGGGUUUUGUGCGCACGAAUUCCAGUGAACGGAAAAACUUCCACCCAACUUUUCCUGCUGCGGGUCGUCGUGUGAUCCAGCAGGUGGAGAAACACGAGCCGCCGUUUCAUCGGGAAAAACAUCACUGGAACCGGUUUUCUUCUUAAACUCCCUCUGGAUUAAUUUUACGACUUGGUGGCUGGAAUAAGCAACUAUCCAGAACUAGUGCUGAGCAGGUUGGCCAGUAGCAAUCAUGGCGUCUUCCUCUGUGAAGGUGGCGGUGCGCGUGCGGCCGUUCAACAGCCGAGAGAUAAACCGAGGAGCCAAGUGUGUGAUCCAGAUGCAGGACAAGAGCACAUGUAUUGCUAAUCCCAAACAACCCAAGGAAGCACCCAAGAACUUCACUUUUGACUAUUCCUACUGGUCACACAGCUCAGAAGAAGACCCAUCCUUUGCAUCUCAGAGGAAGGUGUAUCAGGACAUUGGCGAGGAGAUGCUGCUUCAUGCUUUCGAGGGCUAUAAUGUGUGUAUUUUUGCUUAUGGACAGACUGGAGCAGGAAAGUCAUACACAAUGAUGGGAAAACAGGAUCCGGGCCAGCAAGGCAUCAUACCACAGAUGUGUGAGGAUUUGUUCAGACAGACGGCAGAUAACACUGACCCUGACCUGUCCUUCUCUGUAGAGGUUUCAUAUAUGGAGAUUUACUGUGAGCGUGUUCGAGACUUGCUCAACCCAAAAAGCAGAGGGUCGUUGAGGGUCAGAGAGCACCCUAUAAUGGGCCCUUACGUAGAAGACCUCUCCAAAAUGGCCGUUACCAACUACAGUGAUAUUGCAGAUCUCAUGGACACUGGAAACAAAGCCAGGACGGUUGCUGCUACUAACAUGAACGAGACCAGCAGUCGCUCACAUGCCGUCUUCACCAUCCUCUUCACGCAGCGUCGACAUGAUAACAUGACCAGCCUGGACACGGAGAAGGUGAGCAAGAUCAGCCUGGUUGAUCUGGCAGGAAGUGAGAGAGCAGACUCAUCUGGAGCCAAAGGCAUGAGGUUAAAGGAGGGAGCUAAUAUUAACAAAUCUCUGACAACACUGGGUAAAGUCAUCUCAGCACUGGCAGACAUGCACAGCACAAAGAAGAGACGCUCUGAUUUCAUUCCCUACAGGGAUUCUGUGCUCACGUGGCUAUUGAGAGAAAAUCUAGGUGGAAACUCUCGCACGGCCAUGAUCGCUGCUCUGAGCCCUGCAGAUAUCAAUUAUGAAGAAACACUCAGUACUCUCAGGUAUGCAGACAGAGCUAAGCAGAUAAAGUGUAACGCUGUCAUUAACGAGGAUCCAAACGCACGGCUCGUCAGGGAGCUGAAAGAAGAAGUCAACAGACUUAAAGAGCUUCUCCUGUCUCAGGGACUCAGCAACCUCAUCACUGCCUCAGGGUCUGAAUCGGGCCGUCCAGCUUUGGGAGGAGCGUCAGGUGAGCUCCAUCAGCCCUCACUCUCAUAUGAACCGUCUACCUCUGAUGCCCCGAUGGAGGGUGUGGCACCCACCAGUCCAACUGCGCACAUAAGCAAAGAGGAGGCCGCGGAGAGACUCAAGGAAACAGAGAAGAUAAUUGCAGAGCUGAAUGAAACAUGGGAGGAGAAGCUCAGGAAAACUGAAUCAAUACGACAAGAGAGGGAGGCACUGCUGGCUGAGAUGGGUGUGUCUGUCAAAGAGGAUGGAGGAACAGUGGGUGUCUUUUCGCCCAAAAGAACGCCGCACCUGGUGAACCUGAACGAGGAUCCUCUGAUGUCAGAGUGUCUGAUCUAUUAUAUUAAAGAUGGAGUCACCAGGGUUGGUCAGGAAGAUGUGGAUAUUCGUCUUACCGGUCAGUUUAUAAAGGAGCUGCAUUGCGUCUUCUGCAGUGAAGUCAAUGAGAAUAACGAGGUGGUGGUGACUUUGGAGCCGUUAGUUGGAGCAGAAACGUACGUCAAUGGAAAACGAAUCACUGAUGGUGUUGUACUCAAGCAAGGUAACCGUAUAGUGAUGGGGAAGAACCACGUGUUCAGGUUUAACCACCCUGAGCAGGCCCGCUUGGAGAGAGAGCGCAGUGCCACACAAGAGCAGCAGGGGGAGCCGGUGGACUGGAGCUACGCACAGGAAGAACUGCUGGAGAAACAAGGCAUCGACAUAAAGCAGGAGAUGGAGAAGAGACUGCAAGAUCUGGAGAAUCAGUACCGCAAAGAGAAGGAGGAGGCCGACCAGAUCCUGGAACAGCAGAGACUGUAUGCAGACUCAGACAGCGGUGAUGACUCAGAUAAGCGGUCCUGUGAGGAGAGCUGGAGACUCAUCUCUUCUCUCCGAGAGAAAUUACCAGCCAACAAGAUGCAGUCUAUCGUGAAGAAGUGUGGUUUGCCCAGCAGUGGGAAGAGGAGGGAGCCCCUGCGUGUGUAUCAGAUCCCCCAGCGCCGCCGCAUACCCACCACUCAGGAGUCCAAACACAGACUCAGCUUGGAGGAGCUUCGCACGCAGGCUGUUAAAGAGAUCUGCUAUGAGGUGGCGCUUGGAGACUUUAGGCACACGCGGCAAGAGAUCGAGGCCUUGGCCAUCGUCAGGAUGAAGGAGCUUUGUCGUACAUACCGCCAAAAAGACCCUCAGGAGAGAGAGAGCUGGAAAAGUGUGGCGAAGGACGUAUGUGAGACGGUGGGCAUCGGAGAAGAGGAGGGAGACAGAGAGGAAAGAACAGCAACGACAGCUGGAGGAGGAGGAGGAGGUGAAGGAGGAAAGACAGAUAUGGGAGAGCUCAAAGCUCAUAUCGACAAGCUGACUGAUAUACUGCAGGAAGUCAAGUUGCAAAAUAACAUGAAGGAUGAAGAGAUCCGAUCACUGAGAGAUCGCAUGGUGAAGAUGGAAAAGAUAUUCCCAGUCGAAGUUGAGGGAGAUGAAACUGACCUCGGGUUGGACGGGGCCAGAGGUGAUGACUCACCUGUACAAGUCAACAGACGCGAUGAGGAUUCUGGGUACCGGCGGGGUCGCCAUCGCUGGCAGUACCCGGAGAAAUACCACGACCCGAAACGUCGCAAAGGAGCCAACAAUCAACCAAACAACGCCCUCUACCCGCCGGCUCCUUCGGGACACUCUCAGAACAACCCGUUCAGUUCGGCGUCGUCUCGAUUCAAUUCUCAGACCCCUCGCAACCCCAAUGGGCCUUUCUUGCCAGGCACCGGACGCUUCUUACCACCACAGGAGAGGAGGCUACAGUUCCCCUUUAAGAAUAACCCCCAGCAUCGAAGCUUCAUCUGGGGCCCAUCGUCAGGGGGCGAAAGUGGAAAUGAUCCAUCCGCUCAGUCCGGUACUGAUUCGGUUCAUACUUUCCAAUCAUCUCCCUCACCGAACAAAGGCCAGUGGCCAAACAGUCAUCACCAGCAGCGGCGCAAUCACGGUAAUAGAGGCUACGGCAACUGGGGAAACAGGCAACGCUCCAGGAACAGGGGACGGAAUCCGUUCGAUGGGUAUUUAACCAACGAACAGGCUGGAAAUGUCGAGCGUAAGGACUCGGUCCAAGGGCAGCACAAGCAGGGCAGAGCGCGCUACACCUGGUACAGUCCCGAUUUCGCCUCAGACCAGUCUACUGGAGACGGAUUCCAGCACAACUACAACCAAAGCAGACAAGGUGUCUACAAACACCCCAACUCACACUACCAGCACCCUCAAAAGCAGGACAACCCUCCAGAGAUGAGCCAGCAUGCGUCUGAAGGCAACACCAAUCCACAAUCCAUCCCAGAUUGCAGCAGCACCCCCAUGGAGACCUGAUCUCAUCUGUGGAGACCAUGGGAGCAACAACACUCUGCGUUUCUAAAAACCUUAAACUCUCAGAUAUACCUUGUUUUGGUUUGUUGUGGAAGGGUUUUAGAUGCCGAGAGCGUUUUUUAAGACAAACUCCUUAGUGCAAUAACACCUGUUUGAAAAUAUUGUAUGCACCUGAAUUUUUCUGUAAAUAUUGCAGUUUCAUACCUGCACCUACGGAGUGAUGUUUCUAUGUGUGCACGUAUCUAUAUGUUAUUCAGAUGUGUAUAUAAAUAGGUUAUAAAUUGGAAGGGUAUGCAUUUGCAAGAGAAUUGAGCUCCUUUUAACGCACAGCGUCAACGUUAUGGCCUGAGAAGUGUAUGGCCUACGAAACUAUUUAGAGAUUUCUGUUUUCUGGAUUUCUGAUGAUUUUACAUUGUGCCUGCUGAAAAGCCAAAGAACUUCGAUUUAGUAGCCCUCAGGCUCAUAUCUGCUUUGGAUGCCAUUUUUAUAGCUGACAUUUUUUUAUCUUGUCAUUCAUGUUCUUUUAUUCUUGCAUCCUAAGGGGCGUGUGUUUCAUCAAUUGUGUUGUUCGACGAUAAAAAAAAAGACAUGGGAUACAUAAUCCUAAAACAGUUAAGUGCAAACAAUCAGGGUGACAAAUUCUUUGUGUGUGUGUGUGUGUGUUACCGUGUCCUGUUUGGGCACAACAUAAGGAGACAAUGAUUCUCUUCUAUGUUAAGAUGCAAUCACACUGACAAUGUUUCGCAGCAGCAAAGCGACAUAAAUGAACGAGACUGUUGGCAACGUAACAGAGAUCAAUCAGAGUUCAAAUCCUGCUUCACACAACUUUAUACUAAAAGUCAAAUGAUCUGAUUUGCUAUCCAUCCAUGCAUCAUUUCCUUCAUUUGGUGUUUGAUGAUUAUUUCUGGGCAGAAUAAGCUGCAAAGUGGAGCAGACCUUAUGGCACGGGCUCCGUGACGCAAGCCAAAUCCUGCACCUCAGUCACAGCAGCACCAUAUUUAAUGUUUGGCAGGAAUGACAAUGAAGCAGUGAGGGACUGAAGUACAGCGUGUUCGACUGUUGUUUAACAGCAUUCCAAUAGUUUAGCUGACAAAGCAUCUUUCCAGAAUGUCAACCGUUUUGAAAGUGCCAUGAUUUAGAACUUUUUUAAGUGCAUGUUUAGACUGUAUGUCUGUUCCUCACAGCCUCUUUGUCAUCUAUGUUACAUUUAUUAUGGUUUCUGCUCUGACUGAGGUCAGUUUUUGAUUGCAGAAUAAAUCAUGGGUGACAGCUGUUGAGUUUUUGUCUUUUUGUGCCACAUUUCGCUGAAAUUCUAGACAAUUAUGACUUUUUGCUGGAUUCUUGUUGUGUUGCAUCUGGUUAGGACAGGCUGUUAUUCCCAUUUUGACCCCUUGUAAGUUCCCAACUGAUCUACAAUUGGAAAAAUAAAUAAUUUUACCUUAA